UUGUUAACAAAACCAAAACAUAAGGUUACCUUCCGUCAAAAGCGUUUUAGUAAAUUAAUCAGUAAAAAAACAACCUUCCGCGCUAACUCCGUCGCCAAUCGUCGUAUUUCCGACCACCACCAUCUCCGAUUGAUACCAUGGCAAAGAGAAAGGGAAGAGGUCGGCCUAAAGGGUCAAGUGUUCAGAAAAAGGCUAAACAAAGUGCAAAUGUCGAAACAGCUAUUCUUGACAAUCCAUCAAAUGAAUUGGAAAUGGAGUUUCUAGAGGAGCAGGAGACAGGUACCAUGGCAAAGAGAAAGGGAAGAGGUCGGCCUAAAGGGUCAAGUGUUCAGAAAAAGGCUAAACAGAGUGCAAAUGCUGAAACGGCUGUUCUUGACAAUCCAUCAAAUGAAUUGGAAAUUGAUCCUGAGUUUAUGGAGGAGCAGGAGACAGGUACCAUGGCAAAGAGAAAGGGAAGGGGUCGGUCUAAAGGGUCAAGUGUUCAGAAAAAGGCUAAACAGAGUGCAAAUGCUGAAACGGAUGCUCUUGACAAUCCAUCAAAUGAAUUGGAAGUUGAUCCUGAAUUUGUAGAGGAGCAGGAGACAGGUACACAUAGAUUCACUUUAUCAGAUUCUCCUGUUCUAGUUGAUCCUGGGUUUAUAGCGGAGCAGGAUACAGAUAUGCCUAAGAAAGGGGGACGGGGACGACCAAAACGGUCAAGAGAUCAGAAUUGUCAAGAGAGUGAUCGUAGAAACUUAAGUAGUCCCUUCAAUCUUUCAAAUAUGGUGGCAAAUGUUCAUGGGUGCGAAGAAUCAGAAAAUGCAGAUCUCCAAGAUUAUGUUGUUGAUAAUCCAUCAAAUAAAUUGGAAGUUGCUCCUGGGUUUGUAGAAGAGCAGGAGAGAGAUAUGCCUAAGAAAAGGGGACAUGGACGACCAAAGCGGUCAAGGGAUCAAACUUGUCAAGAGAGUGUUCAUAGAAACACAACCAGUUCCAUCAGUCCUUCUACUAUGCUGCAAGUUGUUCAUGAGUGUGAAGAAUCAGGAAGUGCAGUUAGGCCUAACAAAAAGGAACAGCAACAACAAAGAGAGUCAAGGGUGCAGAACUAUCAUAGGAAUCCUGAAAACACUGAUAUUUAUGAUGAUUCAUCAAAUAUGAGGGAAGACAGUCCUGUAGAUAAAGAGGAGUCUGACGUCGAAUAUUUUAAAACCCUUAUGCAAAGGGGACGGGGGCGACCAGGAGGAUCGAUGAAUCAGAAGUUGAAGAACCACCCACAGAAUGCAGAUGAUAUAAGAGUCAGGCCUAAGAAAAACGUGAGAGGACGAACAAGAGGGUUGAUACUUGAAAUGAAGCGUAAACAGAGUCCAGAUGGGAAGUUGGAUGUUGUUAUUCAUCCUACGAGGAUGGUGGCUGUAGGUCCAGGCCGUAAUGACUUCAUUACUGACCUUUCUAUUAUUCUACGCAAGAACGCUCGUUUUAAUGUGAACAAGUGGAGCCGGGUUCCACAAGGUACUAGAGAUACAAUAGUGGAAAAAGUUCUGGUCAGCGGGCUUCAAGGAACUCCGUAUCCACAAUUCUCAAUAAAAACACACUUGGAAGGAAAAAAAAUUGGAGGAAAAAAACUUCAUCAGGGCCAAAACAGAAAAUAUGGAGUUUCUGCAGUGACACAAAGCAAGAGUAGAAGUGACACAAAGGCUACUGCAGAUUCCGAUAUAAACUUAGCUCAGUUGGUAGAACAGGAACCUGAUUUGCAGAAAUUAUGGCAGAUAACACACAUAAGGGCCAAUGGGGAGUGGGUUGAUGAGACAUCUAAGGAAAUAAAUGACAAGGUUGCUGAGCAAAUCGAUGAGAGGCUUCUAGAGAAUGCUGAGGAUGGGGUGGCAACAAUUGAACCUGAAAUUAUUAAAACUGCUUUUAAGUCGGUGGUUGGGAAGAAAUCAUAUAUGCAGGGUUUUGGAGAAGGACUGAGUGAAUCGUCAAGCUCUGCCAGAGUUCAAAAGCUUGAGGCUGAAUUAGAUGCCCAAAGGAUGGAGACAGAGAAUGCUAAGAAAGAGUGCAAUGAAAUACGAGCCAAACUUGUUGAGGUUGAGUCCCAACUGGCGGAGGAGCGGCGGAAACGAGAGGAGAGUGAGGCUCGAUUACAGGAUCGUCAAAAAGAAAUGCAGGAAAUCAACAGUCAGGUUCAGACUGCCAUCCAGUCAGCAUUGUCUCAAUAUUGUCCACCAAAAACGGAAGCAUCAACCUCGUCAGAUCAUGAAAAGAUUGCAGAGCUUGAAGCACAACUCCAUGAGGCAGAAGAUGUGAUAACAGAUAUUAGAUCAGAAUUAGCUCGGUAUCGCUUGUAUUAGGAUAGUGAAGCAAUCAAUUGCAACCUUCUUACAAUCUUGGUAAAAAGCUUGUUUUGGUUUAUUAUGUAAAUGUGGUUUACAUUAGUAUGUGCAAGUUUGCUUCACAGACUCAUAAAAGCAUUAGCUAGGAACAUGUAUGUUUUGAAAUGAAUGUUAAGUUUGUACAAAAGAUGUGAGGUAUUUUCCUCAA